AGUCCCGAUGUGGUGCAUGUGUGGAUGUUUUCCCCCCUCCUUCCCCUCCAUAUCCGGGGACAGGUUGGGAGCAUUUCCUGUCGGCUGGAAUUGCGGGAGCCUCCGCGGGGAGACCGGGAAGAGGGCGAAGGAAAGGCUGCGCUAGGAUGGGAGUGGGGGCGCGGAGGAAGGUGUUCUCUCCCUUACUCACCCACCGCCUCUUUUAAGAAGAGCUCCCCUUUAACCCAGCUGCACCGGCUGCCUUUCCAUCUCUGCCUCUUCUACCCAACACACUGCGAUCGGAUGCUUCGCUCUGGAUCCAAAUGUAAGAAUUUGGAUCUUGCUAUGAUGACCUCUGCCAAAUGGUUAACUCUCAGCUAGUACUGCGAUCUUGAAAGUUGUAGCUGCCUGUGGAAGCUACCAAAAAGUUGAGACUGCAUCUGGCCAUUGGAUUAGGAUUGGCAUUGGCUUGCCUGGAAAGAUAAUUGUGCUGGAUCUGGAGGAGCUAUGGAGUUUGCUGAGCUUAUCAAGACACCACGGGCUGACAAUGUAGUCCUUCACCGCCCCUUCUAUCCAGCAGUGGAGGGAACCCUCUGCUUAACAGGACACCACCUCAUCUUCUCCUCACGACGGCAAGACAAUGUUGAGGAACUUUGGCUUUUGCAUUCCAACAUUGAUUCCAUUGAAAAACGUUUUAUUGGCUUCUUGGGCACCAUCAUUAUCAAAUGCAAAGACCUGCGAAUCAUCCAGCUUGACAUUCCUGGCAUGGAGGAAUCUUUGAACAUUGCUAGCUCCAUUGAGGCACUGUCUACCUUGGAUUCCAUCUCACUCAUGUAUCCUUUCUUUUAUCGACCCAUGUUUGAAGUAAUUGAAGAUGGCUGGCACUCAUUCUUGCCUGAGCGUGAAUUUGAACUUCUCAAUUCAGCUACGAAUGAAUGGCGGUUGAGCUACAUCAACAAAGAUUUCUCGGUAUGCCCUUCUUACCCAUCUGUUGUCACUGUCCCUAAAUCUGUUGAUGAUGAAUCUCUAUGGAAGGUUGCCACUUUUCGCCACGGUGGACGCUUCCCAGUACUCAGCUAUUAUCACAAGAAAAAUGGGAUGGUGAUAAUGCGCAGUAGCCAGCCACUCACAGGUACUAAUGGGAGGCGUUGCAAAGAGGAUGAGAAACUGAUCAAUGCCACCCUGAGGGUAGGCAAGCGUGGAUAUAUCAUUGACACACGAUCUCUGAAUGUCGCUCAGCAAGCCCGGGCCAAAGGUGGAGGCUUCGAGCAGGAGGUUCAUUAUCCUCAGUGGAGAAGAAUUCACAAAUCCAUUGAGCGAUACAACAUUCUGCAAGAGAGUCUCAUCAAGCUUGUGGAGGCCUGUAAUGACCAGUCUCAUAAUAUGGAUCGCUGGCUAAGUAAGUUAGAGGCUUCAAACUGGCUGACCCACAUCAAGGAAAUCCUGACCACAGCUUGCUUGGCUGCCCAGUGCAUUGAUAGGGAAGGAGCAUCUGUCUUGGUUCAUGGGACAGAAGGCACUGAUUCAACCCUACAGGUGACUUCUCUGGCUCAAAUCAUUCUGGAUCCCAGAUGCAGGACCAUUCGUGGUUUUGAAGCUCUGAUUGAGAGAGAAUGGCGUCAGGCUGGUCAUCCGUUUCAGCAGCGCUGCGCGCAGUCAGCUUACUCAAAUAGCAAGCAGAAAUGGGAGGCUCCUGUAUUCCUUCUCUUCUUGGAUUGUGUCUGGCAGAUCCUUCGCCAGUUCCCUUGCUCCUUUGAGUUCAACUAUCAUUUUCUCAUCAUGCUCUUUGAACAUUCUUACGCCUCUCAGUUUGGAACUUUCCUGGGCAACAAUGAAAAUGAAAGGUCUAAGCUUAAACUGCCUCAGAAGACAAUGUCCUUGUGGUCCUGGGUGAAUCGGCCAGAAGAACUCAAUCGAUUUAAGAACCCUCUCUUUGAAGCCAAUAGCCUAGUCAUCUGGCCUUCUGUUGCACCACAAAGUCUGCAGCUGUGGGAAGGAGUUUUUCUUCGCUGGAACAGAUCCUCCAAAUUUGUGGACGAAUCCUAUGAAGAAAUGAUCAACAUCAUAAAGUAUAACAAGGAACUCCAAGUGAAAGUCAACAUGCUGAGACGGCAGCUAGCGGAGCUGGAGAUAGAUGACAGCGCACAGGAUGACGGGAUGCCAGAGAGUCCCUGAAAUCUGGCAGAAUUCAGGGCCAGAUUGUUCUUUCCUGAUUAAGCGAGUCACUUCUACACACUAAGCACUAAACACAUAAGACUUGCAUGCGCUCAAGCUCCUUUUUGGUGCAAUCAGGUUGAACAUUUUUUUUGCUUCAGAGUUCCUCACUUGGCACUAUAGACAUCCACCUCCAUUUAGGAAGGUGGUGCUUGUUUUUGUUUACAUGACCAAACUUGUAAUUUAGCUGGUGGUUGUCCCUCCCCAUCCCCUCGGGGAAGUGUUUCAUCUUUAAUAAAUUGUGUGUUCGGUUACAGUGUCACUCAGGUUUUUAACCACAACUAAACAUCAAUGAAGUUCACAAUAGGGAUGCCCUUAGCUUUGUGGAAAUUUUCAUUCUGCAUUUGGCAAAUACUGUCAAAAGUUUUCAUGGUUUGUAAAAGGUGAUCUUUAGGAUCAUUGUGUUAAGGGGAAGUAUAAAUUCUUCCUUUCUUCCCCAAAAUGAACCUUUUUGUUCUUGGUUAAGACACCAUAACUUUGGCUUGGUUAGGGCUUUCAAUCCCAAACUGCAGCAGCAUUUUCCCCUGCUCAUUAUCCCACAGUGCAACUUGCAGCAAGGAAAAGUAGAAAGUGUCCAAUAAAAAGCAAGAUAUUUUCUCUGCCCUCUGCACUAGAUGACUCAGGCAGUGCUGAUCGUAUUACCUUCAUUUUUUUCAUAUCUUGGUUCAACAUGAAGUAGAUUCUGCACAGCUGGUAGGGAGGUGCAUGUUGGAGGGCUACCCAUAAAAAUGUAAACCAAUUCUAGUAUAAUGUGAUGGUUGUGCUAUAUCAUUGAAUUGCUUCUCAGCUGGAGAGACUGCAUAGUUCUGCUAAUGUGUUCUCUGGAUAUUUAUGCUAAAAUGUGGAUCCAUAUUCCUUAACAAAAAUGCACUAUUAGGCAGAAAGUAUGGUUUGGCUGAUGACAAAUAAUGCAUAUAGCACCAACAGCAUGAAACCUUUGAUCCAUAGGCAUCCACUAAGUAACUUUGAUCCAUAGGCAUCCACUAAGACAAUGAAAUGACCUUGCCCAACAUGGAAGCUUCUUAUCAUUGGCUUUGCACUAGUCUGCUAAGAUGAAGGUGGGAGGAGAAUUUAAAUACCAUAUCCAGUUUAUAAUCUGGAUUCAGCUUGGCUUGCAGGUUAAGUCAAUUUGGCCCGGGGGUUGAUCUGUCCUGUUCCUGUGGAACUAAAGCAUAUUCACAGGAAUUUUGAAGAGGGAGUAUCUGUAUAUGCAUGCUCACACUUGUUCAACCCUUUGCGACAAAUGUCUAAUAUUCGAUGUACCUGUUAGAGCUGCAUUCUAUUGUAGAAUUUCUCCUGGGUCAAAGGCUUUUGGAAAAUAUUGCUAUGCUCUCAUUUUUUAAUCUAAUAUCUAUAAGAGCCCCAUGCUUUUUAUUUUGAUCUGUUUCUUUGAAUGUUCAGUAACACUUCUUUUUCUUUUCCACUUAAAGAGAUCAUUGCCUGUUUUUAUUCCAUUUCCUUUAGAUAUGUCUCACUAGACAUGACUCUCUCCUAUUCCCCCAUCCUAGGAACAUACAGCCCUUCUUGGUCUGAUGUGGAAUUUAAAUUCCCCAUUCUGAUCAGUAGCUUUUUCUUGGAGGCAGUCCUAGCAAAUUUCAUUCUCUUUCACCACAUCAACUUAGCUGACAGUAUCAGAGGUUCCCCUCUUGCAAAUGCAGCAUAAUAUAGAUGAUUGCUCAAACAGCAGAGCAUUCAGCAUUUUAUUGUGCAAGUGAAAUGCAUUACCCUUUUUACUGAAUUUUACUAAAUACUUCGGGGUAGGAACAACUUGUGGCUUUUUCUUUUUGGUGGGGGGGAGGGCUUGGAAUUGUGUAUAAUUGUGUCUAACCUGCUGAUCUCCCCCUUCCACCUCCCCCCAAAUCCUUUUGGAGGAGCCAGGAAUGUACAGUAUUCAUUUUCUUCAAGGAAUGCUGCUGAGAAUUUCUACUGUCUGUUAACUCUUGUGAUUUUCACUAAGAUAUAUUUCUUUCCAAGUAUAGCAAUAUCUUGCUCUGCACACUAAAUUGGAAGCUGCAAGCCGGUUCAGGGGUUUACAAAUAAUGGUUCAGCUUACCAGACAUUCUGCAUAUGUAUUUGCCACUAGAAGGCUGGAGGGACAAUGGUGCAUUUUCAAACUCAUUUGGGUAUCAUACAAAAGCACUCAUGCCGUAUCUGGAUAAUAGCAGAGGGAAAACUGGGAAUAGGCAUUUUUCUGGUGCUAUCCUUUUUCUCAGUAGCCAGGACAAUACCCAGUUGAACUGGCUAAGCGAUGUGUGUUAACCUCACCCCACCCUUGUCUUGGUAUGACUUUGCAGUUGUUGGAAAUUGUGGCUCUAUAGUGUUGUUUGGCUUAAGGGGCUGACUGGAAGUUUUAGGGGGGUUUUCAUUGAAUUUCCAGGAAAAUGGGUAAAAUAUCAGGGAUGAAGGUUCAGAAUCUUCAUUCUGAGCUAUUUUCUGCUUAGUUUGGCAGAUUUUACAUGGAUUUCACUCUAAUGUUCAUUAAACCCCAGCAUAACCUUUUCAGCAUAAUCAAGUUCUACCCUCAAAUAGACUCCUAAGUGGCAUCACUCUAAAGUAUUGGAAUGAACAGACUCCUUCCAUAUCUAUUUAUUUCAGAAUUAUUUUCUUGUUAAGUUUAGCUAUGAUAGAUUUUUGCAUAUGAUAUUUAACCAUGUUCAUUACCUUCAAAAAGUUGGUUGUAAACAAUUCAUAAUCUUGAUGGCUAAUUUUUGAUAGUUUUUAAAAGGUGUGUUUGAUUAAAGGGAAUUGUCAAUAAUAA